CAUCAAAAAUGGCUACGCCACCUCCUACAAAACCUCCGCGCGGUGUAAAAUACGGAAAAGAAGAGAUAGGAUGUGGUCCACUGGUCACCGUGAUCAAGACGCUGGGCUUCAGCGAAACGAACGAGGAACGGCAAAAGGAGAAGCAGAAGAUCGAGAAGGAGUACAAGAAAUCCGAUCAGCGACUGAACGAGUUGGUCUCGAAACAUGACGGGGAGCUGACUAGGGUCCUGCCGCUAUUCAGCCAGGUAUCGGCACACAUUGGGACGAGCCGCGAGAAGAUCCAUGCCGUCAAGGAGAAUUUGGUGGCCUGCAAGCAACUUUUGCACUGUCGACGGGAGGAACUGAGAUCUUUGUGGACUGACGCACUACAACAGAAACUGGCGUUGGAAAUGCUGGAGCAAAUUAAUGAACUACGGAAAAUCCCUCAAGUGAUCACCUCAUUCACAAACAAGCGUCACUACUUGCACGCAACGAAAGCUCUCACGCAAGCAAUAAGUCUUGGCAAUGGGCCACUACGUGAGAUUGAAGGCCUCAAGGACCUUCGCACCGACUUGGAAACAAGAAAAACUCAACUCUACAAUAAACUCAUCGACGAACUAAAUCGACAUCUAUACCAAAACUCAACAGGAGAAAUCCUCAACAAUUUCCAACGACAGAAUUCCACUCGUGGAAGUAACCACUUUCAACGUGACUUUCUACGACGCUCAACAGAUCGUGCCGAAGCCAAUGCACGUAUAAAACAGGCUCUCGUUGAAAUGUCACAAGGAUUCGAUUUGAAUAAAUCCGAGGUUAUUGAUGAGAGUGAUCUUAUUGAUCCGGAAUUGAGCGCGACGUAUUUCAUUGGGAUCAUAGUUGAGUGUUUUGCAAUGUUGGAUAAAGUGCCUGAUUCAAUUGAAACGAUAAAAGUUAGGAUUCAGCCGGAACUGUUGAAGAUUGUAGCGAGUACAACGCAACAGAUGAGUGCCAUCGACUUGUCGCAUAGCGAGCAGCAACAACAUCCUUUGCUGGCGUUGCUGGAUGUUUUGUUUAAGCAAUUCAAAUUGAUUGCGAAGUCACACAAUUUGCUAUUGAAGAAUUAUUUGAAUGUGGUACAUCGGUAUCAGUUGUGUUCGGGAUCUUAUGAUAUUUCAGAUUUUUGGACUCAAGCGCAGGCUGUUCUCCAAUUGUUGUUGACUGAUUAUUUGGAUAUACAAAAUGCAACUGCCGAGGAAACAAAUCGGAGUAAUUUCAGCGAGCCUACGGUCAACAUAAACAGUUUCUUCAGCCGCCGAAAAGUUCAGAGCAAGAAAACUCUCUUCCGAUUCGAUAAAUCCUCUCAUAUUGUUCCACAUGACGAAACUACAGUCAAAGAACAUCGAAGAAACCUCUCAGAUGUAUCAAACGACGAGAACCUCUUGAAUACUUCCACUGGCGAAAGAAAGAAACGCGAAAAGAUUCUUAUUUGCGAGCCAGAUCCUGCGCUUAUCCGUAAAGUCUAUGUUCCAAUUAUGUCCUACAUUAAUGAGAUUGAAGGUUUCAUCAAAUGCAAAUCUGGUCAACAAUCCAGUCUAAAUGCAUUUUUGACAAACUACGUAAAGGAAAGCUUCCUAUCUAAAGGCCAUAAUCGCAAUCUCCAGCUUACAAUUGAUUCCUUGUCGAAAAAUCAUGAUGCAUGGCGAACAAUUAUUACUCCGGAGGAUAUGAAGGAUUUGAAUUUGUCACGUCCUUUGCUACAGUCGACUGUUAUGGUGGAGCGGCAGCUGGCGGAAACAAAGACAUUGAUUCAAGAUUUACCACAUUAUUCGGAUGAAUUGUUGAAAAUGGUGUGUGCAUUGUUGAAGACGUACAGGGAAACAUGUCAGGCUGCGUAUCGUGGAAUUGUGCAGCCAGAUGCAGAGGAUAAGCGGAUUUAUAGUGUAGCGUGGCUGAAGGAUGAUGAUAUCAACAGGUUUUUGAAGACCCUUCCAAAUUGGACUGACCUAAAAAAUUCCAGUGCCCGUGCGAAAACUUCCCUACGUAAACUCCACAAAAGCGGCUACGAGCAAUCGGAAGAGGAGAGUCCACUUCAAAUUCAACAACGUAACAUUCGAGAGGCUGAAAUGCUGACCAGCAAUUUAGGCGAGGGUGGAAUAUCACAACAGGAAAUACUCUCUGACAUUGGUGUACUUAAGGAACUUGCCACACUUCAGGAAAGCAUGGAAUGGUUUUCAUCAAGAAUCUCAGAAUUCGCCAAUGAUCUACGUCGACCAAUUUUGAAUGGAAUGAAUGUGAAUUCGGGUGGGGAGUAUGGAUCUGUGACUAUUAAGGAUGGAACAAUUAAAGUUCUGACAAAUUUAGCUUUAGAAUUUGAUGAGCUAGCGAAUACGUGUUUGUUAGUGUUGCAUUUAGAGGUGCGUGUACAAUGUUUCCACUACCUUCGAGGCUCAAAUUCGAAGGAGAGAUCGAAUAGCUUUAUGUCGAGUAAGGAUGCAGAUAGUUUAGAACCGGAUGCCAGUGUUCAGAAAUUGACCAAAGUUUUGUCCGAAAUGGAUGAGGCGUUCACGUCAGCCUUGCAUCCGCGAAAGACGAGGUACAUAUUUGAGGGUCUUGCUCAUUUAGGCGCUCGUAUACUAAUCCAGGCUUCCAAUUCCAUGGAGACAAUAGACGAAGCAAAUAUUCAGAGAAUGUGCCGGAACGCAUUGGCAUUACAGCAGACUCUUAGUAGUAUAACAGCAACACGGGAGGUAGCGCUAGAUCAAGCUCGUAAUUUCUACGAACUUCUAUGCAUGAAUCCAGAUGAAAUUCUCACAAGUAUUAUCGAAAAAGGCAGUCAAUUUUCCGAAAUGCAAUAUUUAAAUGCUUUACAAUUAUCGGCCAAGGCUCGUGGAAUAAGCGAUCUGAACAGUCUAGCAUCGUUUCAACAGAAGCUCUCUGAUAUUUUAGGUGCUAAGCCGACAGCAGGUGUCGUUGUUUGAUGAUCGAAAUUGAUAGCGUUUUAUAAAGUUUCAUUUCGAUUGUCUCAUCUUAUGGUGUCGCUUUUGAUUUCGCUUUAAAUGUUCAAAACGGAAAGAGGAAAACAUGUGGGUGAUGUGUCUUGGAAAGUAAGUUAGAGGAAGAACGCCUUAUUUGUGUUCAGAACAUAUUUUUUUAGGAGAAAUUCUAAAUUGCGACGUAUCCAGCAAUUUAGUCUGAAAAUUCAAGAGAAAUUUAAUCACGAGAGGAGAUUUUAUUAAAGUAAUUGUAAGAUUUGCACUGAAUGGGUUUAGUCAUUGUGGAGGGGACCCAAAUUUGAUCGCAACUUGAAACUCGUGUUGGUCACGGCUCCUUUUUGAAAUUGGGCCUGAAAAAAUCUUCCACCAAUGCUUAAUAGGACAAAAACUUACGGAGGUGUAACACCAGAACUAACCGGAGAUAAAUUUCGAAGUGUGGAAACCUUUACGAUGUCAAAACCCUUUCCCUAAAAACUCACUCAUCACUAAACAGGUUUUAAAGGCUCACGGCAAGCCGCUAGAAUUGGCUUAAAAAACACAAAUAUUCCAAAGUUUGGUGGGGAUGUUUUGAAGUUGUUGGAAUGCAUAACGUAUGUAAGCAAUCAUCAGUUGAAAUUGAAGUUUUCUAUGAACGAGUAUAAUCCAUGCACUCUUGAGAUGCGCAUCAUCUUGAGAAUGAUCAUUUACGCUAUAACCAACUAUGUUUAGGAGAACGAUCCAAUAUUAGAGCUAUUAUUAUAUAAUUUGCGCGCAUUGUUUUUUACUAUGUAUAUAAUACAGUGUAGAGUUAAAUAUAGAACGGUACAAUAUAUAUCUAAUUAGUAACGAACGAGAAUGAAAUUAUACGAGAGUAAUGUUGUUUGUAUAUAGCCGAAAAAUGCAAGUAUAUUAUUACUAUUGAUUAAAAACACUAGAAAAAUAACAUAAUAAAUUAUUUAUGGUUACAAA